AUGUACCACGCACCGACCCGCUACAACCCCCCUAACCCUGGAGCGAGAGCUCUAGCUCGCCGUGGAACCCAGAAGCGGGACAGGGAGUUGACGUUCCUCCGCGAGCUCUUGCCGCUCGUGCAGUGGAUCUACGUGCGGCUCGCUGACCGCAGCGAACACCCCUCGGCUUUCUACCUGCCCGACCCCUCUCUCAAAAAACUCCUGGAGCAGACCCAGCGCACCAAGCCCACCACACCGAGAGACGUAGUCCGGGCCGAGCUGACCAAGUUCUUCCGCUCGAUCCGGUUCACGGAGGUGGUCUGGUCCGACGUGGCGAUGCCGGCGCAUAGGCAAAACGUGUGGGUUGAUCCAGAAGGCAUCUUCACCCGGCUUCUCCCCUUAGCCCUUCCAGAGGCCAUCAAGCACGCGAUCAGCGAGCUGCACGAGAUCCGCACGACCAUCGCGGCCCCGCCGCCCAUUCUAGCGCUGGCCUGGUUCUUCUACUACGAGGCCGGGGCAAAGGAAGAACGCUACGGUACCAAGCCGCAGUGGCGAGCUCACGUCUGGCACGCAGCAUUGCAGUUGUUCCGAUCGGACACGAUGGAGACAGCCAAGGCGUUCCUGUGCAACCUCGCGGGCAAGCGGUCGGUGAGCGCGGCAGUUGUGCUCCGCCGCAGGCAAGUGGACGCCGAGGAUUGCGAAAAGCUGGCGGGUCUCCUCAUCCACCUCGGCAACGCUGCCCUGUGGAUGGACCGAGAUUUCGAAACCUCUGACGCGCUCUUCCAGCUGGCCUACAAGAUCACAGGCUGGCCUCAUAUUGCAGGCAACGUCUGUAUGCGCAUGUGGUACGCCCUGACGAUACCGCGCAAGGGCCCUCAGCUGCUCCACAGCGCUGUCCGCGGGCUGUACGCUGCCCUCAUGGCGCACCUACGCGCCGAGCCAUCGUCGCGAGGUUAUCGACCACCACACCGCGACCAGCUUGCCGCGUUAGCCGCGGUGCUUCCCGAGGGCCACGCGUGGAAGCUGGCGGAGGCGGCCAACCUGCUGUCCAUGGGGCUGCGCAUGUUGGCCCGAAGCGUGCCCAGCCACCUCGAAGCCGCCAUCGAGUGGCUCGAUCGCUCCCUCCUGUUCACUCGCGACCUUCCCGAACACGUCGUCAUGGAGGCCCACAUCAGGAGCAACUACGCCCGGGCGCUCAUCGUCGCGGGGAGGGAGGACCUCGCAUGGAUUCAUGCUGCCGAGGCGACGCGCCUCAUCGGUACCGUGCCACCGCGAGGCACGCACUUCCUGCAGGAGACCAUCUUCCACAUCCGUUUCACCGACAUCCUCGUCACCCCCCUGGAGCAGUUUGAUGGGUCCGACGGCCAGCGCCUGCUUGACACCAUGUGUAGGAACGCGCUGGCACCCGUGAAGGAGAUCUACGGAGAGAGCGCGCCUGUGGUCGAGCAGUUCCACCAACAGCUUAUCGGGUUGUCGGCCGCCCUGCUUGCCCGACAGCCAUAUGCUCCGCCCGGGUUCUAG